AUGACGGAACUCUCCUUUGCAAAGGCCUUCCUCACAACUCUCGACACCCGGCCCUCAAAGAUCACCGCAGACCAUGUCGAAGACCCCAAAUCCUAUCCCGCGCGCAGCGCUUACAUUCUUCCCAAGAUGCCCAAGCCCCUAGCAAAGAAAGUAAAGCUCACCCCCGGCGCCGAACGCUCCCUUUCAGUAACCCUCAAGUCCCUGCGCAAUCCCCCGCUCGACGUAACCCUCUCCUCGCAACCGCUCAGCACCUCGAUCCUCUCCCUCAAGGAGUCGCUGUCCGUUGAAACGUCCAUCCCGGUAGCGAAGAUCAGGUUGCUGUUUAACAAGAAGCCUGCGCCCGAUAGUAAGGUGCUGAAGGACCUUGUAGGGGAGGACGAGAGUAAGGUGGAGUUUGGGGUGAUGGUUAUCGGGGGCGCGGCGGCGCUGAAGAGGGAUGGCAGCGAGGAGGUGGAGCCAAAGGUGCAGGAAAUGGGGCAUGGAGACGAGGUGGUGAAGACGGAGGCAUUUUGGGGAGAUCUGAAGGCAUUUUUGGUGCAGAGAUUGAAGGAUGAAGGGGAGGGGGAGAGGCUUUGCGGAGUUUUUAAGAAAGCUGUCGAGGGAUAA